AUGCAAAAAUUGAAUCACAAUCCAAACGAUGAAGAAAUAUGCUCUCUUAUGUUGAUCAACCUAAAAGAGCUAUCAUCUUAUCAUAUCGUACCAACUCUCAGUCAAAACAAUGUACUUCCAUCCAUUGAACUAUUAACUAAAGAGACCAAAAAUAAUAAUCAUCACCAGUCGUCAUACCUCAAGGAGUUACCGAAAUAUUGCAUUCCAAGCAAUCCAUUAUUCAUAGAGUGUCACUGGGAACUACUCUCACUCGAUAAAAAGAAAUGUGACAAUUGGCAUAAACAAAUACAAGAUAUGCUAUCACAUAGUAAAACUACAUUUGAAUCUGGUUCAGGAUCACUGGGUCAAAAUGGAUUUUGGAAACUAAGAGACGGAAAAAUAGAUCCAUGGUUGGAAGGUGUUGACAAUGGAAACCGAUUCCAUGUCCCAAGCUUGUCUUCAAGUCAGUCGAGAAUGCAUCCAUACACCAGAGGAUCAUCAUCAUCUUCAACUUCACCCAAAAAAAAUAGCGCAAACCAUUAUGAUAUCGAGCAACAACUGCCAAUCAUUCUAACACCCAAAUCUUUCAACAUGUCAAUUAUCAAUUGA